GCAGAUCCUUGAAGGUGGAAGCAACUCAGAGAAGCUUCUCUGAAAAACAUCAAGAAAGGCUGGCUGGUGGGAUCCCUGCCUCUGAGGUUGCCCUUUGCUCCAAACCACAAGAGAUUGCCAUUGGGUUUGGAUGCACUGUGGCCUGUUAGGUCCAAGUCCCCGGUGCCUGUGCCGAAGAGGGAAGGGAGGCCGAUUUGAAGACGAUGAAAGAAGAGAGCCUGUGCCCAGACUCCCCAGAAGGCAGCUUGGGGACUAGUGAGGAGGAAAGUGAGAAGGUGCCCAAGAAAGGCCUGCGCAAAAGAAGCCAGCUGGGCAAGCCCUCAUCCCUGGCCACCUCAGCCCCACCGGAGUGUAGCACCCCUUCACCACAGGGCAAACGCAGCAAGCGAAGUCCUGUGCCACAGACCUUUGAGGACAUGCACACGCAGCGAGUGAUAGCCAAUGUGCGGGAGCGCCAGCGCACCCAGUCACUGAACGACGCCUUUGCUGAGCUGCGCAAGAUCAUCCCCACUCUGCCUUCGGACAAGCUCAGCAAGAUCCAGACCCUCAAAUUGGCUGCUCGCUACAUCGACUUCCUCUACCAAGUCCUGCAGAGUGAUGAGCUUGACCACAAGAUUUCCAGCUGCAACUAUCUGGCCCAUGAGAGGCUCAGCUAUGCCUUCUCAGUCUGGAGGAUGGAAGGGGCCUGGUCCAUGUCGGCAUCCCACUGAGAUACUCAGCCGGAAGGUCCACUCAGGAAGAAGAUGGCCUGUGUCGCAGCCAAGAGCAACAACAAGACAUCUACUCAAGAGAAACUCAGGGCUUGUCCACCACCAGCUCAGAAGAAGAGCAGCACCAUUAUCUUGGGGGACAGAGGGAAGGGAAAUGAACCCAACUCAAACCCAAGAUGGUGAAUCCAAGCUUUCCACCCAGCAAGAGCUGUGUACACAAUGGGGCCGCAAUCCGAAGCAGGCACAAACUACUGGGCUUGUUACAAGCUGGUCUCAAAAUGUCUAUACAGAACUCUUUUGAAGAGCUAAUUUAUUUUUGAAUUUGCAGGUUUUAAGGAGAUUUUUUAAACCCCCCACCCCACCCCAUGUUGUCCCUUAGUCUUCAGUUUCAACUUUCUGAGAAGACUAUACUCAGCACAACUUGGCCAAAUUUGCAGCAAAGCCCCAAACCCACAAGAGCACACUAGGAUUCCUCUAACUCAUUCUGCCUCUCCAAUUAAGAGAGGGAUUUGGUGAGCAAAAGCCUUCAGAUGAUCCAUGUGCCGGAUUCAGUUUUUAAGUCAGAAGUUCCCCUUACCCUCCUUAAGUCCUCUUAAAAUGACUCCUUGUCUUCCCUUUAUUUUAAUCAGGCUUUGGUUUCUAAAACAGGGGUGAGGAAUCUGGUAAUAAAUCAGGCCCUUUUGAGGUCCCAAGCUCUCAUGGGUUCCCUGGAUGUCCCUUUCCCACAAUACAGUUCGUUUAUUUUUUGCAGUUUUCGAACUUCUGUAUGUCCCAUAGCUUCCAUUUCUAAAAAAGUUAAAACACCUCUUCUACGGCUUAGUUGUUGACUGUAAGUGCCUUAGGACUGCAAAAGUUGGCAUUUUUGUUCCCACCCAUUUGCCUUUGGCCUUGAGCAUCACUGGAAGGAAGCCUCGAGAUAACUUCUCUGAAAUUGAAUGCAGCCAUUGGUCUGAAAGAGGUCCCCCACCUUUGCCCUAAGAGGAGAGGUUUUGGAAAGGGAAACCUCGUUUCUCUCACACUCAGCACUGUCGGGGCUGGUUAUGAUGGUUCCGCUGCAAGAGAGACACUAUGGCUACUGCCUUCAGUUAUUGUCACUAUGAGGUUCUGGGCUAAAUGCUAAUAUCGGGAAGAGGUUCCAUCCAGGGCUCAAGACUAGUGUUUCCUGCCUUAAAAUAAUGUAUUGACUUUAUCGUAUCCAGUGGAAGAAGGUUUGAAUGUUCAAACAGUUUUAGCCAACACAUCAAUUGUAGGUGCAGCUGGAAUAAAACCAGGAUAUAGUCUUAGUCUGCCAUAACUACUCCUGAUAAUAUGAAUAAGACAGUGAUGCGUGAGAGAAAGAGAUCAAAUGAUCUUAUUUGGGUACAUUCACAGCACAGACUCACAAAAUGGUUUAACCAGUUGUUCCUUCUCACAAGGGAACCUUAGGUACUGUAGUUUUAUUAAACAUUUUGAGGGAUUUUUUUAAAAAAAUAAGUAUGUUCAAAAUCCUGCAUCAGAGGCUCAAUGCAUAACAUUAUGAUGAAGGAACUAUGGGCCCGUGCAGACAGGCCAAAAUAAAGCUGC